AUGAGUCCCAAUACUGCUUCCUCUGCAACUGGCAACGCUGGUCGUAUGCCAGAGAUGACGGAGCGCAACUCCCGCUCUACUCGGAACCCUCAUCCCCAGUAUACCUCUUCUCGUCGUAACGUUAGCCCCACUCCGGACAACCUUCGUCAGCCUGCUGAUGAUCAGUCAUCUUCUCAACCUCCAGCUACUGCAGAAGCUCCUGUUGAACCUGUGACUGCCCCAUCUCUUUCUGACAAUAUUCCUGGAUCAUUCCCCGCCGCUCCUCAGACUGUGGUUCCAGCUGUAUCUUAUCCUGAUCUCAGCCAAACCCCUUUCCCUCGGCCCCUCAAUGUUCUUGAUUAUAUCUCUUACCCGCCUCGUUCCACUUCGGAUUCAUCUUCGGUUCCCAUUACCGCUUCAGUUCCUACUGUUCCUUCCACUUCGGAUUCUUCGGUUCCCAUUACCACUUCAGUCCCUACUGUUCCUUCCACUUCGGAUUCUUCGGUUCACACUACCACCUCAGCUCCCACUUCAGUUCACACUGAUGUUUCACAUACUUUUUCCUCUUCUGGUCCCCCCGGUCCCUCUGGUCCCCCUGGUCCCCCUGGUCCUCCUGGUCCUCCUGGUCCUUCCCCCCCAUUUGGCCCCCCCAGUCCACCUCACUCUUCUGACUCUUCUGGUGCUCACGGUCAUUCUCUUUCACACUCUGCAUUACCUAAGCCAUCUCAGUCUUUGUCUGUUCCACAGCAGUUUUAUAGUACUGGUGACUUGCUUAAGAUUCCCCUUCCCCGUCCCUGGAAUGGUGAUAUUAAUACUCUGUCACGUUAUAUUUCUGCUUAUCGUCAACAUUUUCAGUCAUUGCCUAUCCCAUCUGGUCUUAGUAUGCAGAUCCUUCUUCGUUCAGUCCCUGAAGCCACCGCUCAACUAUGGCUUCAGCAACCCCCUGAUUCUCCAGCUCGCUUGACUCCUGAAGGUUUUUUCACUUUUUUGACUAAUCUCUAUCAUAUUUCUCCCCGACAUGUUCUUAAGGCACGUGAGUCUGAACUCCGCAAUCUACGUUGUUCUUCUUUGUCACAAGUUCCUACUUACAACACGACUCACCGCGCAUUAUCUUCUGAGCUUGGUUGGAAUGAGAGUCAACGGAUUGAUGGCUACCUUGCUGGGUUUACUCAACCUGACUUGGUUCGUCACACCGAUGAUGUCGAUCCCGAGUAUGAUUAUGAUCAACUUCAGCGUCACUUCCAAGCGUUCGCUUUGCGUCUUUAUGACAAACGUCGUACUGACACCUCUUCCAAUGCCAAUAACAAUGGUUCUCGUUCUUCUGCUUCACGCUCUGCAUCUCGCAAACUCUCUUCUGAAGAGAGACGACGUCGCGAAAAAGAGAAGCUUUGCCUUUAUUGCGCAUCUCCAGACCAUGCUGUUGCACAGUGUUCUGUUAAGCCUGUGUCUAAUUCCUCGUCUUUCCAGCCUUCUUCCUUUCCUAAAUCUUCGUCAAAAUCUUCUGGUUCUACUUCUCGUUCCAAGGUUGUUACUCCUUCUUCUCGUGUUCACAUGAUCACAGUGAAAACUGAGCCUGUUGAAUCCGCUUCUUCGGAUUUCCCCGAUUCAUUCCAGGAACAAGCUCUUUCAGACCAUGAUCUCUCCGAUCUUAAUGAAGAUGAUUUUAUCGAUUCUCCCUCUUCUGGUUCCUCCAGUUCCGCCACUUCCAAUUCUUCCACUCUUCAAUCUAAUGCCUUUUACUUAUCCCACUUGAUGUUCGCAGAAGUUCCUGCUUGUGUUCCCCAUGAGUUUCAAGAAGUCUCUUUUGGCCCGAUUACUGGAUCUGAGACAUCUGUUCAAGCACAUGUUGAUACUGGUGCACAAUCUAGUCUUAUUGAUUAUGAUUUCGCAGCUCGCCAUAAUCUUGGUGUUAUCUCUGCCGAUCUUGAUCUCUAUGCCUAUAAUGCAACUGCCCCUUUUGCUCGAACUCAUUUUCAGGUUCCGUUAACUAUCAAUUGGCAAGGUAGAUUUUAUCGUGUUAAGUUUGUGGUUGUUCCUAACUGCCCAUAUCCCUUGGUACUUGGUGCAGGGUUUCUUAAAUUCCCUUUCGAAUUUAAUCUUUUCCAACCCCAUCCACUUCAGCCAUUACCUCCCCGCGCUGUCACUCCUACUUGUGGUCCCUUCAUGCCACAAGCUCCUGUACCUUCUCAACCCGCUUCGUUUGCUUCCUGUCGGUCUUCUUACAAACCGCCUCGUUAUCAAAACAAACGUAGUUAUAAGUCCAAACACCGUAGAUCCCCUCACAAGUCUACUCCUACUUCCCGGAUUUACUUGGUUACUACUGUUGAAAACGUCGAUCCCCCUUCUUUUAUUCCUUCUCGGAUUCUUAAGGUCUUUGAUACUGUCCCCACUUCUUUGCCCCCUCAUCGAUCUGAAUUUGAUAUGAAAAUUGACAUUCUUCCUGAUGCGGCACUACGCAAAGCUCGUGUUUACCCUUUGAGCCCUCCUCAAGAAGCUCUUUUGACAGAAUAUCUUGAUUCCUAUCUUUCCAAAGGCUAUAUUCGACCUUCAACCUCUUCCAUCGCGUCUCCUGUCUUCUUUGUUCCUAAAAAUAAUGGUUCGUUUCGUUUAGUUGUUGAUUAUCGUCGUCUCAAUUCUGUUACGGUUACCAAUUCUUAUCCAUUACCUAACAUUGAUGAAAUCAUAUCCCGUAUUCGUUCCGGUUCUAUUUUUUCAAAGCUCGAUUUAAAAGAUGCCUUCCACCUUCUUCGUGUUGCUGAUUCUGACAUUUGGAAAACUGCCUUUGUUACUCCUAAAGGCUUAUUCGAAUGGACUGUAAUGCCUUUUGGUCUUAAAAACGCUCCCAGUACUUUUCAAUAUUAUGUCAAUAGUCUAUUAGCAGAAUAUAUUGGUUCUUGUUGCUAUGUUUAUCUGGAUGAUAUAAUUAUCUUUAGUCCUGAUAAAGUUUGUCACCGCCAACACAUAGUACAAAUUCUAACUACUCUGUUCAAGAAUCAUCUUCGCAUCAACCUGCCUAAAUGCCAAUUCUUUGCUUCCUCUUUGGAUUUCCUUGGCUUUACGCUUACUUCCACUGGUGUUUCCCCCUUUGCCUCCAAGGUUCAAACUAUUUCCACCUGGCCCAUCCCCAACUCUUCUAAAUCUGUCCGUUCUUUUCUCGGCUUUUGCAACUUCUACCGGCGCUUUCUUCCUAAUUAUGCUCUCCAUUCACAACCCCUAAACGAAUUAACCUCGUCUAAGACUCCCUUUGUGUGGACUUCUCAGCAUCUUAAUGCCUUUAAUACUAUCAAAGCUUUGUUUGUCCAAGAUAAUUUUCUUGCGCAUUUUGAUCCAAGUAAGCCCAUUCAUAUCAAUACGGACGCCUCUCGUUUAGCUGUUGGAGCAGUACUUUAUCAAGAUACCUCUCGUCCCGUCGCCUUUUUUAGCAAAACGCUCUCGUCUCCCCAAAAGAAUUACAAAACGUAUGAUUUAGAACUUCUUGCCAUCGUCCUUGCGCUUCAACAUUGGAGUCACUAUCUCCUUGGUUAUCAUUUCACUGUCCAUACUGAUCAUAGUGCGCUUCUUCAUCUCAAAGAAGCUACUAUCAUUACUCCUCGGUAUGCCAACUGGCUUGAGAUCCUAUCACCUUUUGACUUUCAACUUGUUCAUGUUAAAGGCCACCAGAAUAUUCCCGCCGAUAUUCUCUCCCGGUUACCUGAUCUCAACUCUUCCUCUUCAACCCCACCUCUUCGGUUACCUAUUCUCCUCAGUAACUCUGAUGAUUCCUUAUCUCCUAAUAAGUCGAUCAUCGCUUCCAUCUCUUCUCACGCCCCUUCUCGGUCUCCUUCUCCCACUGAGUUCUCUGCGUUUUCACACCCCUUGACUUCUUACCCCGAGUUGUCAACCGCUCUUAUCGCUGCUUAUAACAGCGCACCCAAUCUUCCCCUCACAACUAACCAUCACUGGACUACUCAUGAUCAAUUCAUUUAUUAUCGAGAACGUCUUUUUGUUCCGCCUCAUGCUACGAGUCUCAUCAAUGAUAUUAUUCGUCUUUUUCAUGAUCUUCCGUCCAGCGGACACCUUGGUUACCGCAAAACUUUUGACCUUCUUUCUCGUUACUUUUAUUGGCCCCAGAUGACUUCGUCGGUCCAUCACUACGUGAAAAACUGCCACCUCUGUCAGGUUAGCAAACCAAAAAAUCGUCCACCUCUUGGUCAGUUAAUCUCCUUACCGAUCCCUGAACGCCCUUGGCAAUCCCUGUCCAUGGAUCAUAUCACCAAUCUUCCCACUGGUCCUAACCAACCCUAUGAUGCUAUCCUUGUUAUCGUCUGUCGUCUCACCAAGAUGCUUCAUCUAAUUCGUUGUUCUACCACAGAUACGGCAUCCUACCUCAUCGCCCAUCUUCAACUGAAUAUUUUUCGCCUUCAUGGUUAUCCGGACUUCAUCACUUCAGAUAAUGGUUCUACCUUUAAAUCUGACAAGUUCAAAACUUUUUGUCAUAACUCCGGCAUCAAGUUACACUUCACUUCUCCUCUUCACCCCGCUGGCAAUGGUCAAGUUGAACGCUUCAAUCAGUUUGUUUCUAACUACAUCAAGUCGUUCACCUCUGCUACUCCACAUUCCUGGUCCACCAACCUUUCAGAUGCUGAAUUUGCCUUCAACAACUCAGUUUCUUCUGCUACUGGUUUUACUCCCUUCUACGCCAACUAUGGUUUUCAUCCUCGCGUUCCUUUCGCCCCUCCUUCAACUCUCCCCCUUACUCCUCGCCAUCCUAUUGAGUCCUCUCAACACCUUUCCCGUACCCACCUUACUCUCUCUCGGCACCUUGCUAAAGCUCAGCAGAACUACGCGAAACACUACAAUCGCCAUCAUCUCCAGUAUACUUUCAAUGUUGGUGAUCUUGUUCUCGUCAGUUCUUCCCGCUUUCAACUCCAAGGUCAACGGAAAACUCUACCUCGUUUUCUCGGUCCCUUUGCUGUCUCCGAAGUUGUUAACCCUACUUCUUAUCGUCUUCAGCUUCCUCCUACUCUUAAAACCCACGAUGUUUUUCACAUUUCUCACUUGUCCCCUUAUCAUUCACUUCACGAUCCUUCCAUCAACAUCCUUCAUCUCACUGUUGGUGACUUCUCGUUUCCUAUCGACAAGAUCGUGGAUCAUCACAUCCAACCCGACCAACUUUACUUCCUCGUUCGUUUCAAACACGCCACCACUCGGGCUCACAAACAUGAACAUUGGAUUCCCCUUUCCAGCUUUGGUCGAGAUCACUACCCUCUCCUUCGCGCUUAUGCUUCCAAGUGUCGUUCUCCAGAGUCUACCAAUCUUCUCUCGCGACUCGCUACGCUCGUCGCUUCGGAGGGAGGAGAUACUGUCACGAUUCCGGCUUCCCAAUAG